AUGGAUUUCAAGAAUAAUAAAGCAGGGAGAUUAAACAUUGCUUAUCCAGCCAACGGUACUCAAAAAACCGUCGAUAUCGAUGAUGAACAUCGUUUAAGAGUUUUCUACGAUAAGAGAAUCGGUACUGAAGUUGAAGGUGAAUCAGUUGGUGAUGAAUUCAAAGGUUACGUUUUCAAAAUCACUGGUGGUAACGAUAAACAAGGUUUCCCAAUGAAACAAGGUGUUUUAUUACCAAACCGUGUUAAAUUAUUAUUAGCUAAAGGUCAUUCAUGUUACAGACCAAGAAGAUCUGGUGAAAGAAAGAGAAAAUCUGUUAGAGGUGCCAUUGUUGGUCCAGAUUUAGCUGUUUUAUCAUUAGUUAUCGUUAAACAAGGUGAUGCUGAUAUUGAAGGUUUAACCAACGAACAAGUUCCAAAAAGAUUAGGUCCAAAAAGAGCCAACCAUAUCAGAAAAUUCUUUGGUUUAACUAAAGAAGAUGAUGUUAGACAAUAUGUUAUUAGAAGAGAAGUUGUUAAAGGUGAUAAAAAAUACACUAAAGCUCCAAAAAUUCAACGUUUAGUUACUCCACAAGCUUUACAAAGAAAACGUCAUUUGAAAUCAUUGAAAAUUAGAAAUGCUCAAGCUCAAAGAGAUGCUGCUGCUGAGUAUGCUCAAUUAUUAGCUCAACGUUUACAUGAACGUAAAGCUGAAAAAGCUGAAGUUAAAAAGAGAAGAGCUUCUUCAUUAAAAGCUUAG